GCUUUGUGUUAGGGCUGGAGCUGGUUUCUAUGGUAGCACUUGGCUUAUAGGAUGUGAGGAUACUUAAUACUGAGAGCAGGUGGGGGGACUCUGUAGAUUAUUCAUGCCUUGUUAUGCCCAGAUGAUUUUCCCUGAAAGUCUGUCAGCAAGGGUCAGGCACUUGUAAAUUACCAUGCUUUUUGAGGGAGCCAGUCUAUUGGGCUCCACUGACUGAAUCUCCAGGUCUUAGAGGACAAACUGGCCAGCCAAUGGGCCCAGGUGUCUAACAGCGAAGUCAUCUUGUUUAUGGACAGCAGCAGUGACUUGGACCAGCCUCGAACAGCAAUAUAGACUUGGAAAGAUGGGAACGACAUCGGAAGGAGAAAAUCAGAUUGAGAACUGUGCAGACCAGACAGUGCAGGCUGAAGUUCCAUUGGACAUCGAAGGCCAGCUUCGAGCACUGCAGAUUUCAGCUAGAAGAGGUUUGGACCAUGUGAACAAUACCAAAGAGAAGAUCUCCAAACUCAACCAAGCGAUCAGGCUGCAGUCAAAUGAAAUCGAAUCAGUAAAAUCCCGGUGUUUGGAGCUCCAAGACUCCAUUGCCUCCACCAAACGCCUUAAGGAAGUGUCCCUCAAGAUCACCUGGAGCAAAUUGUCUGAGCUAGAAAGUGAUUUGAAGAAGGCUAAAGAGAAUACUGCCUACCACCUGAAGGAAUUCCAGUCAACUACUAAUACCUCUGAUAAGUGGAGCGAGCGACUUAGGAAACUACAAUGUGAAAUGAGCAGGAAGGACGACAUCGACACCACCAAAGACUGUGAUCCUUACACUGAGGCCUUUGCAAUGGCCAUCAUUAGACCCAAGAGCCCUCCCAGAAGUAGAAUGUUCUGUGUUAGCUAUACUACGAACGAGGAAGCAUUUACCGAUUAUUCUGAGUUGGGGCUAAACACGAGUGACUUCCAGAAAAUCGGGGAAGACAAAAGCCAGGGAGAGAGCCUGUCUACUUCCCUAGUGCAGUUGGAAUCUAAGACAGACAGCAUCCUCUUGAGAACUGAAAUGGAUAAGAAUGAUGUGGGGAGUGGAAUCCACUGUAGCUCUCCAAAAGUCAAAACUAAUGAGGAUAACUCAGAAGAAGUUAAUGAAAUUUCUCCAGGAGUCCUAGGCAGUGAGAAUCCCUUAGAGUAUCCUUUAGGAGUGAAUGGUGAUCGCAAUGACUCAGGAUUUCAAAGCUUUAAGGAUAAGGAUUCCCUAGAUAUUGAAGACACUUGGGCUUUGGGAGUUAGUUGCAGUACUUCAGUGAAAGAUCUCAGUGGGAGUCCUUUAAGAGUUAAAAACAAUAGCAGCCCCCUGGGAGGAAGUUGCAGUGAAACUAAAAUCAAUAGGAACCUGAUAGGAGAUACAAUUGUUGAGAAUGAAGGGGUCAAUCCUUCUGAAGUCAAAUCAAGUAGGACUCCCUCAAGAGUAAAAAUCAGUGAGGGGAGCCUCUUGGGAGGGAAAACUAGCUGUAGUGAUUCAGAAAGCAAGCUCAGUAAAGGAGGUUUCCUAGGAGCCAAAUACAGCAAGAACCCAUCAACUCCCAAGCAUACUUGGAACCCUUUAGUUAUCAAAUCGGGUGGGAGCGCUUCGGAAGGCAAACAAAGUGAGGCUCUUUCCGGAACCAAAAGACACGAGAACCUCACAGACACAAAUACUGGGAGUUCCACACGAGUAAGAGUUGGUGCGAGCCCCGCUAAAGUCAAAUACAGAGAUUGUAGCUCUAGAGUCAGAGAUAGUGACAGUUCCUUGGGGGUCAAAAAAAGUGAGAACGCCAAAAGCAGAGAGGGCUCGGCAACAGCCAGAGUUAGUGGGAAUCCCUCCGGAGUCAGAAUGAACAAGCACGCUUCCGUUGUCAAAGGCAGUGGAAACCCCCCUGGAGCCAAAAGGCAGUUCAACACCUCAGGGGUCAGAUCUUCCCUCGAAGUCAGAAUCAGUGGGAGUGACUUAGCCGCCAGAUAUAGCUUCAGCUCCUUGGAGAGCAGAACUUCAGCCAGGUGUUACCAGAAUAGUGCUAGUGCCAAGGGCUCAAGCAUACAAAAGACACACUCAAAAUAAGCCAGGAUAAAGCAAAACCCCCUCAUCUGUCUCUGUAACAAAGACAUUCUUUGUGACUUUCA